CGCCCCACCUCUGCACCCAGCCGCGCCGCGCGGCAGGGACCGGACGGCGCAGGAUCCCGAGCCGCCCACGGUCCGGGGCUUCCUGCAGCCGGCCUCCCGCACCCGGGGGGAACUUCGGCGGCCGCGGAUCCAGUCCAGGGGCGGCUCGGAGGCGGCGGGCACGCGGAUCGCGGCUGACCCCGAGUCACCCCCGAGGCCUCGCUGCCCCCCGGCACCCGCGCGGCGCCCGCCGGGGUCGGUCCCCUCCCCCCGGGUGGGGGUGGGGCGCCGCCGGCCGCCCGGACCCGCAGCUUUGUCAUUGAUCCCAAGGUGCUCGCCUCGCUGCCGACCUGGCUCCCAGACUGGCUGGGCGCGACCCCGAGUCCACGCCGCCGUCCUGCCCCCCGAACUGACAGGUGCUCCCUGCGAGUCUCGGGCGACUCCUCCGCGCUCCCCCGCGUCCCCACCCCCUCUUUCCUCCCUCGCCUCCCCCCACCCCCGGCACUUCGGCACAGCUCAGGAUUUGUUUAAACCUUGGGAAACUGGUUCAGGUCCAGGUUUUGCUUUGAUCCUUUUCAAAAACUGGAGACACAGAAGAGGGCUCUAGGAAAAAGUUUUGGAUGGGAUUAUGUGGAAACUACCCUGCGAGUCUCCGCUGCCAGAGCCGGCCCGGCGCUUCCACCGCAGCGCAGCCUUCCCCUGGCGGGGCUGAGACUCCGAGUCGCCGCUUCCCCAGUGCCCGCCGCGAGUGAGCCCUCGCCCCAGUCAGCCAAAUGCUCCUCCUCGGCCUUCUUCUGCUGACAUCUGCCCUGGCCGGCCAGAGACACGGGACUCGGGCUGAGUCCAACCUGAGCAGCAAGUUCCAGGUCUCCAGCGACAAGGAGCAGAACGGAGUGCAAGAUCCCCGGCAUGAGAGAGUUGUUACUGUGUCUGCUAAUGGGAGCAUCCACAGCCCGAGCUUUCCUCACACUUACCCAAGAAAUACGGUGCUGGUGUGGAGAUUAGUAGCUGUAGAGGAAAAUGUGUGGAUACAGCUGACAUUUGAUGAAAGAUUUGGGCUGGAAGACCCAGAGGAUGAUAUUUGCAAGUAUGAUUUUGUAGAAAUUGAGGAACCCAGUGAUGGAACUGUCUUAGGACGCUGGUGCGGUUCUGGGACCGUGCCAGGAAAACAGAUUUCUAAAGGAAAUCAAAUCAGGAUAAGAUUUGUAUCCGAUGAGUAUUUUCCUUCUGAACCCGGAUUCUGCAUCCACUACAGUAUUGUCAUGCCACAAGUCCCUGAAGCUGUGAGCCCUUCAGUUUUACCCCCUUCUGCUCUGCCGCUGGACCUGCUCAAUAAUGCGGUGACUGCCUUCAGUACUUUGGAAGAGCUGAUUCGGUAUCUGGAGCCUGAUCGAUGGCAGGUGGACUUAGAUGAUCUUUACAGGCCGACGUGGCAGCUUUUGGGCAAGGCUUUUGUUUUUGGAAGAAAACCCAGAGUUGUGGAUCUGAACCUUCUCAAAGAGGAGGUGAGACUCUACAGCUGCACACCUCGUAACUUCUCAGUGUCUAUACGGGAAGAGCUAAAGAGGACCGAUACAAUUUUCUGGCCAGGUUGCCUCCUGGUUAAGCGCUGCGGAGGGAACUGUGCCUGUUGUCUUCACAACUGCAACGAAUGUCAGUGUGUUCCAAGCAAAGUUACAAAAAAGUACCAUGAGGUCCUUCAGUUGCGACCAAAAAUUGGAGUCAGGGGAUUGCAUAAGUCACUCACUGAUGUGGCCCUGGAGCACCAUGAGGAGUGUGACUGUGUGUGCAGAGGAAACACAGGAGGGUAACCGAAUCCUCACCUGUAGCACACAUCCCCACCCGCAUCCUACAUCCCCACCAGCAUCCCACAUCCCCACCAGCAUCUGCCACCAGACCUGUCAGGUGCAGCUGCUGAUUGUGUGAGAGAGCUUACUCAUCCAUCGUCUCCAUCUAGAAUCUCAGUUGUUUUCUGCAACAACCUUCCAUCUGCAGAAAUUAAGGUUCUUGAAGAGGUACCAAAAGGUGUCAGUAGUUGCACAGCAGUGCUUUGGAGAGGAGGUCCAAAGGAAGGUCUUCAAUCCUGGAAGCAAAUUAAAUGUUUAUAGAUUGCUAAGAAGCUCCAUAGUGACCACGUUCCUCUUCUACUGGUAGCAAUCUGUAUUUUAGUUCUCAAGAUGGGGGAAAUGAUGUCAGAAUAAGAAAGAUAAAACCAGUGAAAGCAAGAACUUGAUUCUGAACAUUGCAGAAAGAAAUUGGAAUUUCCCCCUUAUGUUUGCAUAUAUAAAUCUUAAUGGUCUGUUUUCUACAAACUUGUUUUUUAAAGAGGAGCUGUGUUGUUAUGAAUUACAUGUGUCAUGCCUAUAUGAGAGACUGGAUUUUCUAUGCUUCUUAAAUUUUCUGCCAUUUAAAAGAAGAGAAAUACAUUGGUGGUUUGGAGGAACAAACCCACGAAGAGGAGUGGUCUUAUUUUCCCUUACCUCUGAGGUGGCUUAUGUGUUUUAUUGUGUACAUUUUUAUAUUCUCCUUUUGACAUUAUAACUGUUGGCUUUUCUAAUCUUGUUAAAUAUAUCUAUUUUUACCAAAGGUAUUUAAUGUUCUUUUUUAUGACAACCUAGAUCAAUUAUUUUUAGCUUGGUAAAUUUUUUCUAAACAGAAUUGUUAUAGCCAGAGGAACAAAGAUGAAAUAAAACAUUGUUGCUCUGUCAAAAACACAUGUAUUUCCUUCUUGUAUGGUGCUAGAGAUUAGAUUAACCUGUAUUUCAAAAGGUGGAAGUGGUAAAUCAAUAGAAUUGAUAGGUCACAGAGAUGUUUUGGAAUAAUUAAAUUAUCAUAGAUUCCACCUCUAUUAUUGGAGAUUCAUUAAAAAAAAACAACGCUGGGAUCAGUGCUAACCCAUCCCUUUCUAUGAGAAAUAGUAGUGUAGCUCAGGCAAACACAAAACACCUUCAUGAAAAAGACAUGACCACUUCCCAACAAAGUGUCCUGUGCCGUGCUGCACUCUAUAAACACAUCCUAUUUAUUGUGAUGCUAGGGUUUAUUUACCUUUAAACUCUGCUCCAUACACUUGUAUAAAUACAUGGAUAUUUUAAUGUACAGAAGUAUAUCAUUUAACUAGCUCACUUAUUAUACUCUUUGGCAAUUGAGAAGAAAAUCAAUAUGAUACUUUGCUUGUAAAAUGCUUACUAUUGUGCCUAGGUUAUGUGGUGACUAUUUGAAUUAAAAUGUAUUGAAUCAUCAAAUAAAAGAAUGUGGCUAUUUUGGGGAGAAGUGAA